AGCGCCGCAUGACUGUGGAUACAGGAGCAGGUUUGUUCUCGUAGAUGUUGGCUUGUGUGAGCUGGGUGCGGUGUUUGCAGGAGUGUGGUUGUUGGCUUGCGGGCGCAGCGCGACUGCCGGCACGGGCGGAGCAGCGACACGUUGAGAACAUGAACCAGGAAAAACUGGCAAAACUUCAAGCCCAGGUGCGGAUAGGAGGAAAGGGCACUGCACGCAGGAAGAAGAAGGUGGUUCACAGAACUGCAACAGCGGAUGACAAAAAGCUUCAGAGUUCACUAAAGAAGUUUGCUGUCAACAAUAUUGCUGGAAUUGAGGAGGUGAACAUGAUCAAGGAUGACGGGACGGUGAUUCAUUUUAACAACCCCAAAGUUCAGGCCUCUCUAUCCGCCAACACCUUUGCGAUCACGGGCCACGCUGAGAGCAAACAGCUGACAGAGAUGCUGCCCGGUAUCCUCAGCCAGCUGGGAGCAGACAGCCUCAGCAGCCUGCGCAAGCUUGCAGAACAGUUCCCUCGGCAAGCUCUCGAUAGCAAGGCUCCAAAGGCAGAGGACAUUGAGGAAGAGGAUGAUGAUGUGCCAGAUCUCGUGGAGAACUUCGAUGAAGCGUCAAAGAACGAGGCAAACUGACACACAAGGUUCAUGUGCGACUGGACUGAAGUGAAGCCAAAAGCCUCCCUCUGUGUUUUUGAGUCCAGCUAUACGGACAUAUCAGUCACUAGUUCCAAAAAUCCCAGAGACUUUUAUAUGAUUCGAUGACCUACAGAUGUCCGAGUCACACUGGCUUGUAUAAUAAAAAAAAACAUAAAACA